AUGAUGAAGAAAGGCCGGAGGUUCAACUGUGUCUGCUUCCGGGGAAAAGCAGAAAACCCAUCCCAGACACGGGAAAUGAAAGAUGGACUGUCGACAAAGGACACAAAUAGACUUGUGACAGCCAGAGAGAUGGCUAAGUCAGAUCUAGAAACGGAAUAUAAACUGUCUAAAGAGAAGGAGAAAGACGACAAGAGAACACGUGAAAGCCGAUUGUCUAGGCUGAGAAUACAGGAUGUGUGGUCGUCGCUUACUGGUUGUCUCACCUCGCUGCGCUGUCUCACCCUCAGCAGACACAAGCCGCACAGGGACAUCUCCUUAUCAGAGGUCACACAGUGCCGGACAGCUCGGACUUAACAAAUGGGAGCCCUUGGAACACAGACUCCUCUAAUGACGGACAGCCAAAUAAACCAAUAGGAUUGGUGGAUGUCCCUUUAUCCCAACAUGCUGAGGAGAGGUGGGAGGAGGAUGAGGAGAUGGUGCCUUGCCCCGUGCCUGGGGUCCAGCUAUCUGACUGGUCUCUCCAGCUAUCUUAGUGGUGGAGUGUCCCAGUUGUUUCUGGCCCAGUGGGGGAGAGACAUGAUGCUGCGUAGGGGAGAGCGGGUACGCGACUCACGCAAGGUACAGGGCAAAGUGGAGCAU